CAACAAUUUUCUGUUAGCGGCAGAGAAUAAAAGCACAGAGAAAAAUAACAGAGCGAGAGAGAGAGAGAGAAAGAGAGAGAGGGAGCACAGAAAACCAUUUGCACCUGAAAAUUCAUCCACAAAACAAGAGAUCUGAGUUCAGGCAUUUUGUGUGUGACAACAUCAUGCCUUCUUCUGUUCAUGAUCUCUCUGAUGAUAGUGAGGCUGAGGGGCAGCAAAAGCACUCGGAAACCCAAGUUCAGUCUUCAGCUCCGGUGACAGGGAUGUCUUAUCCUGGCCUUACGCCGCCAAAUGUUCAAUAUGCGACACCUCCACAACUGGGACCAGGAAAUACUAUGGGACAAGCAGCUUACCCAUAUCCAGAUCCUUAUUAUAGAAGCAUCUUUGCUCCCUAUGAUACACCACCAUAUCCUGCACAGCCUUUUCCUGCGCAAGUCACGCAACCAGUGAAAUUGUUUCAGGUCCACCUUCAGUUCAUGGGAAUCCAGCAAUCUGGUGUUCCUUUGCCAUCUGAUGCAGUUGAGGAGCCUGUGUUUGUAAAUGCAAAACAAUAUCAUGGCAUCUUACGGCGUCGACAAUCUCGUGCAAAAGCUGAAUCAGUGAAUAAAGUUACCAAGUCUAGGAAGCCAUACUUGCAUGAAUCUCGACAUCAGCAUGCACUGAGACGAGCAAGAGGGUGUGGAGGUCGUUUCCUCAAUUCAAAGAAGGCCGAAAGCCAACACCAGAAAGAGGCAGCCUCGGGUGACAAAAAAUCACAAGCCAAUAUCAAUCUCAACUGUGACAAAAAUGAUCGUGCUCCAUCAGAAAAUGCAUCCUGAUAUAUUUUAAAAUCAGUGGCUGGUACUGUGCAUGUAACGGGGAACACCAUAAGAAGAACGAUGCGUAGGAAACUACAGAAAAAACAACUUAAACUAGUCUUAGCUCGGUAGUGUGUAUACUAUAGGUUUCUAAGUAGUAGCUUGUAGCGAGGUUGCGAAGAUAGAAGUAGGAUCUAGUGUUUAGAAGUGCAAUGAGAGUUACUUCUAUAACAAUGGUUUUUUUAUACUCUGCUUUAGCGGGAGACUCGUGCAUUGUGUAGCUUUUUUAUUUUAUUAUUAUUUUAGCUCUUUGGUCGGUUGGGCUUUCCUAGGGAGUGAUGGUUGAGUUUGCUGUGGACAACUUUGUACUUGAGCCAUUGCAUCCCCAUUUGUUGUUAAUAUACUGAAUAAGUUGAAUGGUUUUAGUUGAAAUUGGGUUUUGAA